UGCGUCUAAUCCAUAUCUGUUGCACCUCCACCUCCCUCCAUCUUCCGUACACACACUGAACAACAAUAGAGAUAUGGCGCUAAAUUCACUUUCAUCACUACCAAUCAAAACCCUAAACAUCUCACCUUCUUCUUCUUCCUCCUCACAUGGCGUCUUCUACCUCAAUCCUCCAUCAAAAUCCACAACAUCUCGAUUCAAUCCACGCAAUGCGAUCUCCCCCAAAGAUAAUGUAACCAGAUCAGAUCCAAAGAACUCGAAAUCUCUCGUUUCCACUUCACCAUGUCGAUUGAAUUCGAAUCUUCACAAUUCGAUUUCUACCGAAGAUAAUAUGAACAGAUCUGAGGUGAAGAGCUGGAAAUCUCUGGUUUCGAGUGCGUUAGCAGCUGCGGUGAUUACGUUAGGUUGUGAUAUGUCUGCUUUGGCGGAUUUGAAUAAGUUUGAGGCGGAUGUUCGUGGUGAAUUCGGUAUCGGAUCCGCUGCUCAGUUCGGUUCUGCUGAUCUCAGGAAAGCGGUUCAUGUUAACGAGAAUUUCAGGAGAGCAAAUUUCACAUCUGCUGAUAUGAGAGAAUCGGAUUUUAGCGGGUCAACAUUCAACGGUGCAUAUCUUGAGAAAGCAGUAGCCUACAAAGCAAAUUUCACAGGGGCAGAUUUGAGUGAUACGCUGAUGGAUCGCAUGGUCUUAAAUGAAGCUAAUCUCACAAAUGCCAUCCUAGUCAGAACAGUUCUCACCCGCAGUGAUCUUGGACGUGCUGUUAUUGAAGGUGCUGACUUUAGCGAUGCUGUUUUGGAUCUUACCCAAAAACAGGCUCUUUGCAAAUAUGCAAGUGGAACAAAUCCAACAACAGGAGUUAGCACCAGAACAAGUUUAGGGUGUGGAAACAGUAGACGUAACGCCUACGGUAGUCCUUCUUCCCCGUUGUUAAGUGCUCCACCCCCGAAACUUCUUGACCGUGACGGAUUUUGUGAUGAUGCUACUGGACUCUGUGAUGCAAAGUAAUUAAUUUUAAUUACCCAUUAAAUUAAAAGUCAUGUAUAUUGUAUACUAAUCAUCAUAUCUAUAUCUAUACUAUAUAAUAAAAGAAACCACUUUAAGGACACUUGUCAUCAUAUUAGACCAUCUCUUAUAGAUAAUUAUUAUUUUAAUUUAA